AUGGAUGGCGUCGCUCCUAGUCCGCGUGAAGGGCUGCGUCGCUUCUUCCGCCGCAUCGCUCGGAUUCCCAUGCCGCGGCUUAUUCGUUCGGGUAGGAACCAGCAAAUCUUAGAGAACACAUCACCCUCUACACCAAUCACCCAUGCUGAUGCGCGUCCUGACUGUCGACCCGCGUCCUCACAAGCCAGACCUUCAUCGCUUCAGUCUAUCGGCAGAGUGCAAGUCGCGACCUUGACUGGCGGGAUCGAGUCUUUAUGGGCAGAGGCGUUGGAGAAGUAUCAUCGCGAUACCGGCAUCGACCUCCUCGCCCAGGACUCUGCUCCUUUCACCUCCGCGGAAGCGCUAUCGGCCUUCAUAGAGUCCAAUAGACACGACUUCGAGCGGCUCGGCACGUGGGGGCCGCGCUGGCUACAAUUUCGCAUCGCGCCCUUGGCGACCAUUCUGCAGGGCCUAUGCACGGUAGCGGGCGACUCCGUCAGCGUGGUAUUCCCUCCCGGAAAGAUCAUCUUCACCGCGCUUGGCCUCCUGAUGAAGGCCGCCGUGGCGGCGCGCGAAGACCUCGACGCGGCAGGGAGGGCGAUCGACAUCAUCUACUAUCACCUGCGCGCCAUCGCGCACGUCUCCAGCGCCUCAAUGCCUUCCAUCUUGACUGAGGUUUGCGUCGAAAUCCUCUGUCAGGUCCUCGUUGUCCUCGGCAUCAUCCAUAAGCUACAGGAGGACGGCGUCUUGAGAUCGUGGUUCUCGAGUAUAGGACAUUCUGGCGAAGUCAAGAACGAGCUAGACAUCCUGGACAACCGCGCGCAAAGUCUUCGACAGGCCAUGCUCGCCGUGACGGUCGACAAGGUGCAGAAGAUGGAAGUCAUCCUACACCAUCUCAGCGAACAGAAUCAAGCCCCGCCAAUUGUCUGCGAAGCUGUCGUAGGAGACUCCACGGUGACGAGCCUCGAAGAUCACAAGAGACUCGUCGCCAUGCGGGAAGCUAGAGCACUCGCUGACCGGCGCUCCUUCGAGGAGAGCAUCCUGCGCGGCAGCCCAGCAGCCGAAGUCUACGCACGGACGAUCAUUGGUUACUUCAGAAUGACAGACAUCGACCUCGCCACGUCCGACGCUCAGUUCCUCGAUUCACAACCUGCGCUUUUCCGGCUUUGUGGUUGGAUUGGGGACUCGGACGAGCUGGGCCGUUCGCUCAGCAAGAGCGUCUUCUCGGCGCUGGACGUUGUGGUCAAGACCUUCGCUCGACAGGAAUUAGAGCCUCUUUUCCAUGCCCUGAAAGCGAUCGGUAGAAGCUUAGGCGUGAUCUACUCCGUCGCUAGAAACCAUUCCCGACUGCGCGAGGCCUCGAUUAAGCUCCUUUGCGAGGUGAUCCUCGUCCUUGGGAAUAUUGUGAGGGUGCAGGCGCAGGGUAAGAUGCAGCCCUGGCUUAACAGCGUCGGAUCGACAGAUGGGCUAACCUCGGCCUUGGAAGACUUUAGCCAACUCGUAGCGAAAACCCCUGGGCUUAUCACCAUAAUUGCGUGCGACGCCGUCGAGAGGAUGUUGGCGCUGCUGGCUCAAGAGGUCGUUUCGGAGGACGAGACCCACGACCUGUUCGACCUGUGCUUCAAGCGCGUGGGGAAAAUAUGGUGGGAAGUUGAGACGGAUGGUACCGAAGACGACUAUUUCUUCGGUCCGAGCGAGAUAGGUGCCAACCGAUGCAUUCUGCAUCGUAUUCAAGAGGCGUUCAGCCUGUCGCUCAAGUCGCGACAAGAAAGGAUCGACAAGAGGGAGGUCACACGUUGGCACGAGUAGGUGAGAUCCGAGGGCCGACCAUGGUUUGAGGUCGAAGCUAGCCCCUGCCCCCAAAAUCAUCAAUCCUAUCCUUUCUCUAUUUCUUGCUCUAUCUAUCAUUUACCCCGCUAGUGUCACCAUCUCAGAGCUAGCAUCCGUACUCUUUCAAUAUGCUCGCACCUCUCGACGGCAAGCAUCCCACGCAUCCGCUGUUUGAGCGAGGUCGCGACUAUCGAGAACAUAGUCAGCGUU